GCGGUGCGCUUUCAAGCCCGCUUGGUCCAAAUAACUGAUGGCCAUGCAGGAGAAAUACCCAGGUGAGAGGAUCCCUCAGACAACUUCACCAAGUUCCAGUGUGAUUCAGAAGGGCAGUUCCCUGGGGACUGAGUGGCAGACUCCAGUUAUCUCAGAGUCCUUUCGGAGCCGCUUCAGCCGCUGUUCAAGUGUAGCUGACAGUGGGGACACAGCCAUUGGCACAUCAUGCUCAGACAUUGCAGAGGAUUUUUGCAGCUCAAGUGGCAGUCCUUCUUUCCAGCCCAUCAAAAGCCACAUAACCAUUCCAACAGCCCAUGUGAUGCCUUCUACCUUGGGGACUUCUCCCGCCAAGCCGAAUUCUACAUCUGCCGGACCUGCUUCCUCUAAACUCCCUUUGUCAGGGUUGACUGAAAGUGUGGGGAUGACAAGAAAUGGAGACUUUGGUGCAGUGAAACGUUCUUCAGGCCUAUCUAGAGAUCUCUUGUAUCUCUGUGGUGCUACAGGAGAAAAUGGAAUUGAGCAGUCUUGGUUUCCAGCAGUGGGCCAUGAGCGAGAGGAAGAGAUGAGGAAGUUUGAUAUUCCUAGCAUGGAAUCUACCCUUAAUCAGUCGACAGUGAUGGAGACACUUUAUUCAGAUCCCCACUAUCGAGUCCACUUCCACAACCCCAGAACCGAUACAAACAAGGAGUUCUACAAAGUGUUGCCUGAGGCUAAGAAAGCACCGGGCAGUGGGGCGGUAUUUGAGCGGAAUGGACCACACCCUAGCAGCAGCAGGGUGCUCCCUUUGGGACUACAGCCUGCUCCUGGGCUCUCCAAGCCUUUAUCCUCUCAGGUGUGGCAACCGAGUCCUGACCCUUGGCAUCCCCGUGAACAAUCUUGUGAACUCAGCACUUGUCGGCAGCAGCUAGAGUUGAUCCGUUUACAGAUGGAGCAAAUGCAGCUUCAGAACGGAGCCAUCUGCCAUCAUCCUACAGCUUUUGCUCCUUCACUGCCCACCUUAGAGCCAGCACAGUGGAUCAGCAUCUUGAACAGUAACGAGCACCUUCUGAAGGAAAAGGAGCUCCUCAUUGACAAGCAGAGGAAGCACAUCUCUCAGCUGGAGCAGAAAGUGCGAGAGAGUGAACUCCAAGUCCACAGUGCCCUUUUGGGCCGCCCUGCGCCCCUUGGAGAUGUCUGUUUACUGAGGCUACAGGAAUUACAGCGAGAGAACACCUUCUUACGUGCUCAGUUUGCGCAGAAGACAGAAGCUUUGAGCAAAGAAAAGAUGGAGCUUGAAAAGAAACUCUCUGCCUCAGAAGUUGAAAUCCAGCUCAUCAGAGAGUCCCUCAAAAUGGCAUUGCAGAAGCAUACAGAGGAGGGGAAGAAACAAGAAGAGAGGGUCAAAGGUAGUGAUAAACAUAUUAAUAAUUUGAAAAAGAAAUGUCAGAAGGAAUCAGAACAGAACCGGGAGAAGCAGCAACGUAUUGAGACCUUAGAGCGCUACCUGGCUGACCUGCCCACCCUAGAAGACCAUCAGAAGCAGAGCCAGCAGCUUAAGGAUUCUGAACUGAAGAACACAGAGCUGCAAGAGAGAGUGACAGAGCUGGAGAGUUUGCUGGAGGAGACCCAGGCAACCUGCAGAGAGAAGGAGGUUCAGCUGGAAAACCUGAGACAGAGAGAAGCAGAAUUUUCCUCCACCAGACACAGCAUGCAAGAUAAACAGUCUGUGGAGGAAGCCGGUGGAGAAGAUCAAAAACUGGAAAUGGAGUUCUGGCAGAAGGAAUGUGAUUCUCUGCAAAAGAUUGUGGAGAAGCAGCAGCAGAAAAUGGAUCAGUUGCACUCACAAGUACAGAACCUAGAGCAAGAAGUGGCUCAAGAAGAAGGAACAAGCCAGGCCCUGAGAGAGGAGGCCCAGCGGAGAGAGCUGGCGCUGCAGCAGCUUCGCACAGCCGUGAAGGAGCUGUCGGUGCAAAACCAGGACCUGAUUGAGAAGAAUCUGACGCUCCAGGAACACCUGCGCCAGGCCUCGCCAGGACCCCCGUCCUCACCAGAGACAGCCCAGUUGGCAUUUGAGCUGCACCAGGAGUUGGCCAGUUGCCUUCAAGAUCUGCAGGCUGUCUGUAGCAUUGUGACCCAGAGGGCUCAGGGCCACGACCCCAAUCUCUCUCUGCUCUUAGGCAUCCACUCUACACAGCACCCAGGGACUCAGCUAGAUUUACAGAAGCCAGAUGUGAUCAGGAGGAAACUGGAAGAUGUUCAGCAGCUGCGCCGGGACAUCGAGGACUUAAGGACCACCAUGUCAGACCGAUAUGCCCAGGACAUGGGAGAAAACUGUGUCACACAGUAAGGAAUGCUGAGGGUAGGACAGGCUGCAUUUCCCCAGGGAGGCUCUGGGCUGCCGGAGUCUAGCCCAGCAGGUUCCUGUGCUGACAGUCUCUGGCUCCUGUCUGCUUGUCUGCUGCUAUCCCAGAGAGAGGAGUGGGAGGGGAGGGGAGAGCCAGUACCUGGGGGCUCAGGGCUGAGUAGGGAGCCAGGCCUGCCCUGGCCCACACUGGCUCUGCCAUGUGAGAUGAUGUUUGCUGUACCUAGUCCACCGUUCCACGGUGAGUUACUAAUUAACUUCUACAGGUACAGCCCUUCAGUCCUCACAAACUGUCCCAUCCGAGGCAAAUAGGCCGCUCACCUCCCUUCUCUAGCCUCUGGGAUGUAUCCACAUUCAUUCGUGCUCUAUACCUUGGUCCUGCUGGUGUCCAAAGUUCAGCAAAGGGGCCCGGAAAGGCCAAGUACCAAUAACACUCGCCGUUUGAGAUUUCUCAGGCCCUGUGUACCAGCCUUCUGGCUUUCUGGAUUUUCUCGGGCCAGGUCCCACUGCUUCUUUCUCAGGGCUCUUGUUCUUGUAGAAGCCUCAGGGUUCAUUAGCAAAGUACCCACUAGGUUUAGGGACAUAGGGGUUACAGAUGCAGCUCCAUACUCUGCCUGCCAUUCCGCACGCCAGCUGCCUUGUGCCCGGUGCCCCAGCUGUAUGAUUAGCAGUCCCUUUCUUUAUUCUCAGGCCUUUCAGGUAGUCCUUUUCUUGGGCUGUGAGUAAAUUCCUCCAUGGUUCUGGGCUUGGGCAAAAUUUUCCCUCGGAAGGCAGCUGGUAACUCUCAAGCUGCUGUCCCUUCCCUCAGUGUUGGGGCCUCUGCCCUCUGGUCCUUCUUACCUCCUGGUUUAAGGGAGCAUCCGCUCCCUGUUUGUACCUGGUUGAUGGGGCUCCUGCAGACCUCGGAGCUGUGGGGACGGGAGGACGCUAAGCAGCCCCUCCAAGAUUGUUGCGCAGUAUUGUAGAUGUCACUCCUGGGCCUGAAUGAAGCUCCUUCAUAAAUGUUUUUACAAGUUUGUGUUUUAUUUAUAGAGUGACUUAUCCCUUCCAUUCAGAGCAGCCCCACCCAGCUAUCCUCUCAGCCUGCGGACUCCAGCUUCCUAAAAGCAGAGCUCCACCCUGUGCUGGGAGCCUAGUCACCACGUUCACGGGUAUUUUCUUAUUAAAGUUUAUAA